AUGCAGUUCAUUCCUUGCUGUCUUUUUGUCAUUAUUUGUGGCUAUUCAUUGACCAUUUCAGCUCCAAUUAAUCAAAAUUCUCAAGAAACAAAACAUAAAAAAGCAACAGCUAUUGCAAGUCGUCUUUUAAAAGAAUUAGCCAAUGAACAACCUGCAGGUCAAUAUUCAAAUGAAGAUGUACAACAAAUUGAAUCAGAUCUUGAAAAAGAACUAAAUAAUAAUGAAGAAGAUAUUGAAUAUAUACCGACAAUCGAUGAUUUAUAUUCAAUUUAUGAUAAUAUAAACGACGAAGAACUUUCAUCAGAAAUAAAUGAUGCUGAUGAUAUUUUUCCAAUAGAUGAGCAAGAAUUAAUGAAUUAUUUAAAAGAACAACAACAAUUUGAUAAAGAUUUAUCACCAACGAAACAUACAUCAAUAAUCGAUGAUAGUAUCAUGAAAGCCGAAAAUCAUUAA